AUUAUAUGGAAUGGCCGAAUUGCAUAUAAUUGGUAGGAUUUUGUCUGCUAAAAAUUUUAAACAAUCACAACUUUUAUGCAAGUGGAGCUUUCAUGCUGGUAAUGGAUGGAAAGUGUUAAAUGGUUGCGAAGAAGGGCAAACUCAAGAAAGCUGUGACUUAUAUGUUAAUGAACCAGUUUGGGAUCAUCCCAUAGAUUUACACUAUACAACUCAGACCCUUCAAAAUUCACCAAAGCUUUUAUUGCAAAUAUUUUUUAGAGAUGCACAUGAAAGAAUAUUAUUUGGGUCUUAUGGAAGUUGUAACAUUCCAUUAUCUCCUGGAUUACAUUUUAUAGAAUGUCAUACAUGGAAACCAAUUGGUAAUUGGAAGGACAGAUUAAAAGAUAAAUUUUUGGGAAUAACUUUACAACUAAAAUCUCCAAAUGUUUUAGUUAAUUGCUUGGAUAGAUUUGAACUGCUUACAGAAAGCAUGGGUACAGUUAAAAUUGAAUUACAUAUACUCACAAAAAAUUUUGAGAAAUAUGGAUGUCAUUUAUAAAUGCACAUUAUAUUGCCAAAGAAUAUUAAUUGUAUAUUUAAAAUGAGCUUUAUGUAAGACUACAGAAAUGUUUACAAACAUAUUUAUAUUAAUGUUUUUUUAUCUUAUGCUUAAUCAAUUAACAUAUACAAAAAAACUUGAAGAAAUAUUUACAUGUGCAAAUGAAACAGAAU